GCUCUACAUGGCAAGAACUCAGAGAUUAAGGGGUUUGUCUGCACCAACUGCAAGCAGUGCUCACGGUUCGUAAACUUGCCAAACAAAGACGGAUGAAGAACACAGGGGGAUGAUUCAAGUUUCUUUUUUAUCUGCUCCAAAUAUGUCUUGCUUAAAGAACUUGUUUUUCUUUUGGGCAAUCCUUUACGCUGGACAGGUACCGGCGCUGGAGAGUGAAAAAUCCUUUGGGAGUCUGCUUAGUAAAGGAGCCAGAGGAUGCAGGUGGCAGUGAGGCAUUGCACUAACUUGUUUGAAGUUUUUUUUUCUUUUUUUUUUCCAUGUCAAAGGUGAAGGAUUAUGCCUGGCAUAGGAAUUUAGGCUUCAAUGAAGGACUUUAUGAAGCGACUUUCAGCUCCCAGGCAGAGUGGCCAGUCUUUCAUGCCUAUUUUAGUGUGUGAAUGAAAAAAUAUGUGUGGAUCUGUUUGAUUCAAGGGUGAUGCUAUUCCUUAGCAGUGGAACCGUGGAUGUGACCCCGAGGAGUGCCACUGAACGUCAACAGCAGGAGGGGAUAACGUUUUACCAUCUUUCAAUUACCCUGAAGAAAACACAGAGAGAUGCAGCAUCGUCUGAGCCCAACAUGGGGUGGGUCACUAACAGCAUGGUGGAGGAUACCCACCUAAAAGGAGAGCUAAUGAAUCUUGUGCCAAUGGAGAACAGCCCAAGGCCGGGCAGAGCACGACAGAAACUCGGCACCUGGCCCUCCCUGAGUGGCACGAGCAGACAUGGAAGUUCCAAAGAGGAGGUAAUUCUGGAGGAGGAGGUGGAGAGAAAAAUGAAGACAGACAGGUUUUUGAAACAACCCUGUAAGAACUCAAAAUGCAAUAGAGAUAUGGUAGAGUUAACAGCUCAGGCGGAUACCCAGAAGCAACAUAUUCAGAGUUCACCGCCAUGCUCCGUCACCGUACGUGUUGAAAGGCUGGUCCACGGGGGUCAUGCCACCAUUGAAGAGGACAGAUCUUUACCGCGGGCCGUGUUACGGAGGCCGAAACAGAAUGAAGCCUUGCUCAGCAGGAGAACGAUGAGUAUGUAUGGCAACCCAGUUGAGCAGCAAAGAGAUUCUCACCUGGAUCAAGAAAGGCUGCUUGGGAGGCCAAGGAGUUUUUGUAUUUUGCCAGGCCAGGGCCCGGUUCUGUCACAACAGCAGCCCCAUGACCUCUGCAAAGGGGAAGGAGUUUUGCAAAAUAACGAGCAGCAGAGGAGCAGGAAGUCUGAACUGUGGGUAGUAGAUGGCCUCAACUCUGUGUUGGCUCAAAGGUCAUCAGGAUCUGCAGAUGUGCCUCUCCGGUCCCGACAAAGGACAGGGAAACCCAGGCCUGUUAGCAUGACGGUAUUGGAACUACGAAAGAAAGGCUCUGAUGAUUAUAUUGACAGCCAAACAAACUGUAACCGCACAGACAAUAAUGGAGGAGGAUUUUUUAAAGGUGGCUUUCGUUGGAAACUGUUUGGGAAAACAUCUCAAGAUAGGAAUAAAGACACGGACAAGGAUACUGCAUCUUUCAUAAAAUCCAACAAAUCCGAUGCUUCCAAAACUACACUGACCUCUCUAAAACGGAGCUUCAGUUUGCGAAUCAGGAGGACUCGGCCACGUGAGAAAGUCAAUCUGGGGCUUGAGGGGGAGUCAAGGGAGUACUCUCAAAUUAAUAAUUCUGGAGAGGAGACAACAAUGCCUCCACGGCCAUUCUCGUAUCUCACAGGAAAAACGCUCCCAGCUUCAUGUGAACCCACAGACGAUGGGGGCAUGCAGUACAUUCAGUACCAGAGCAGGGGGAAAACCAAGGUAAUGGAGGUACCCCUGUGUCCUACAAAAUUAUCUUCCAAACCAGUGCAGGAAGAACAAAGCUUGUGGCAGCUCAUAGCCAGACAUUUCAGGAGGAAAGAGCAGCCAAAAUGUGAAUCCCAGCAGCCCCAUAACAAAGACAAUGGCCAGCAUCCCCAACCUGGGAAUACUAAGGCACAGCCAAUCACCAUAGAGACUCUGGCAGGCACAGACUACCACAAAGGUCAAGACUCAUUCGUCAACAGUCAGGAAUGGACAUUGAGUCGAUCAGUUCCAGAGCUGAAAGUGGGCAUUGUUGGGAAUCUGUCCAGUGGGAAGUCUGCCCUGGUGCACCGAUACUUGACAGGCACAUAUGUGCAGGAGGAGUCUCCUGAAGGUGGACGCUUCAAGAAAGAAAUUGUGGUGGACGGACAGAGCUACCUGCUUCUCAUCAGAGAUGAAGGAGGGCCUCCAGAGCUGCAGUUUGCUGCCUGGGUGGAUGCAGUGGUUUUUGUCUUUAGCCUGGAGGAUGAGAUCAGCUUCCAGACAGUCUACAAUUACUUCUUGCGCCUAUCCAGCUACAGAAACACAGCGGAGGUGCCAAUGGUCCUCGUUGGAACACAAGAUGCAAUCAGUGCAGCCAAUCCCAGAGUGAUUGAUGACUCUCGGGCCAGAAAGCUGUCUAACGAUCUGAAACGCUGCACAUACUACGAGACUUGCUCCACCUAUGGCCUGAAUGUGGAGAGAGUCUUCCAGGAUGUUGCCCAGAAGGUUGUGGCCAUGAGGAAAAAGCAGCAGCUGUCUAUUGGUCCAUGCAAAUCUCUCCCUAACUCUCCGAGUCACUCUUCAGUGCCAGCCGCAUCCAUCCCCUCUGUCCACCUUAACCAGGCAGCCAAUGGUGGGGGUGCGUUCAGCGACUACUCCUCCUCUGUUCCCUCCACCCCCAGCAUAAGUCAGCGGGAGAUGCGCAUUGAGACCAUCGCUGCCUCCAACACGCCCACGCCCAUCCGCAAGCAGUCGAAGCGGCGCUCCAAUAUUUUCACAUCACGGAAAGGCAGUGAGCAAGGAAAGAGCGUUGACAGUAAAACAGACAGCAUAGGCAGUGGAAGGGCCAUACCUAUCAAACAGGGAAUCCUUCUGAAGCGAAGUGGCAAAUCCCUCAACAAGGAGUGGAAAAAGAAAUAUGUCACACUGUGCGAUAAUGGCGUCCUCACUUACCACCCCAGUUUACAUGACUACAUGCAGAAUGUGCAUGGAAAGGAGAUUGAUUUGCUGAGGACAACAGUGAAGGUACCAGGGAAGCGACCGCCCAGAGCAGUGGCCACUGUGGCGCCAAGCGCGAGUCCCAAAACCAACGGACUAACGAAGGAUCGCAGCGCCCUGCAACUUGGUAUUGGAAACACAGGUGCAACUCACUCCAACAGCAGCAUUUCUCUACAAGCGGGUGGGUCGGCGUUUGGCGGCAGUAAAGACGGCAUGCACCAACGCUCCUUCUCCGUGUCCAGUGCUGACCAGUGGAAUGAAGCCAUCAACACCAGUACAAACAGCGCAGCCCCCAAUGGGAUGACUGAUCCUGCUACUUCCAGCAUGGGCAGUGCCACGAGUCCUAAACUUGAGCCUCCUCCAUCGCCGCACGCCAACCGCAAGAAACACAGGCGGAAAAAGAGCACAGGCAUCACAAAGCCGGAUGGCCUAUCAGCGGGCAAUGAUGAGCAAGAAGAUUCCUUUGAGUUCAUCAUUGUGUCAUUAACGGGCCAGACGUGGAACUUCGAAGCGUCUACAUAUGAGGAGAGGGAGCUGUGGGUGCAAGCAAUAGAGAGCCAGAUCUUUGCCAGCCUACAGUCCUGUGAGAGCAUCAAGAACAAGUCUCGGUUAGGCAGCCAAAGUGAUGCAAUGGCCAUUCAGUCCAUACGGAACGUGAGGGGGAACAGCUUCUGUGUGGACUGUGAUGCACCCAACCCGGAUUGGGCCAGUUUGAACCUGGGCGCCUUGAUGUGCAUUGAGUGCUCGGGCAUGCAUAGGAACCUGGGCACCCACCUGUCCCGCGUGCGCUCUCUGGACCUGGACGACUGGCCGGUGGAGCUGAGCAUGGUGAUGACAGCAAUCGGCAACGCGAUGGCCAACAGCGUAUGGGAGGGCUGUUUGGAGGGAUACACAAAGCCAGGGAACGACAGCACCAGGGAGGAGAAGGAGCGCUGGAUCAGAGCCAAGUACGAGCAGAAGCUGUUCCUGGUCGGGCUGCCUCAGUCGGAUGUUCCACUGGGGCAACAGCUGCUCCGGGCGGUGGUGGAGGAUGACUUGAGGCUGGUGGUGCUGCUGCUGGCCCACGGCACCAAGGAGGAGGUCAAUGAGACUUACGGUGAUGGGGAUGGACGCACUGCGCUGCACCUCUCGUGUGCCAUGGCCAAUGUUGUCAUCACGCAGCUGCUCAUCUGGUAUGGUGUGGAUGUGAAAAGCCGAGACGCUCGGAGCCAAACGCCGCUGUCCUACGCCCGGCGAGCCGGGAGCCAGGAGUGCGCCGACAUCCUGCUGCAGCACGGCUGCCCCAACGAUUCCAGCAGCUUAAGCUCCGUCCCCACGUCCAGUGUGAGCCUCCGCAAUCCCAACAUCAACAACAACAACGCCCAGUGUGAGCUCAACCGCAGCAUCAGCAUCAUGUAGAAGCCAGAGAGAAGCUAGCUGCAGACAACAACAAAAAAGAAAAAAAAAAAAAAAAAAAAAAAAACCCAAACCCGCUCAUUGUGUACUUGUUGUACUUCCUCUGUUUCACACUGUGUAACCCAGAAUCAGCACCAAUGGAGAGAUAUCAGGUAUCGAGUUACUGGAGAUAUUCCCCUGCGCUGCAAGCUUGGACAUUGUACAUUUUUAAAUAUAUUUUCUUUUUUCUUUUUUUUUUUUUUCCUCCUAACUUUAUUCAGUCUUGGUCUGAAAUGAUCGCGAUCAGCUUUAAGAUUUAUGUUUUUGAAGCCUCAACCAAACAGAUUACUUCCUUCUGCAUUUAUGCCAUAUCGAAAAAAAAAAAUCCUUAACACUCAGAGCAUUUCCUACUAUGUCGUCCUCUUCCCUUUUGUAAUGGGAACAGAGAAAUAUAAUGAGCGUGAGUCAGAAAACGGCUUCAAAUUUUCAAGCUUAAGCAUCAACCCGCAGAACAGUAAAAAAGUAGUUUCUACAAGUGAGGAAAACACUGACGCAGGGAGAAACUUAAUCUCUCAUAACAGUGACUGUUACAGCUUUCACAGUGAUGUAUGUCUUCAACACUCUAUCAUAUACAAAAGCAAAGCAAUUAUGGUUAAAGAGG